AUGUUCAACCUUCAGUCUCUAUUAGCCGCUGCUCUUCUAGGAGCGGCGUCUGUUGCGGCAGCUCCCCAGACUACAGGCGCCAGUGGUGCUGCGUGCAACAACUCACCUUCACUGUGUAACCGCCCGUAUAACACAAUCACACACAUGGGCGCGCACGAUGCAGCCUUCCUCCGAGACGCUAGCACACAAAAUUCUAUAGCCGGCAACCAGUACAAGAAUGCCACCGUUGCUCUUGAUGCUGGUCUGCGUCUUCUUCAGGCACAGGUGCACAAGUCGGACAAUGCCCUCCGGCUCUGCCAUACGAGCUGUAAGCUGCUCGAUGCUGGGCCGCUGCAAAAUUGGCUGGCUGCCAUCAAUGUAUGGAUGGCGAAGAAUCCGAACGAAGUCGUCACCAUUAUUCUUGUCAACUCGGAUUCUGCAUCUGCAUCGGAACUCGGGGCUGUGUUUCAACGAUCAGGUAUCUCCAAGUAUGGAUAUACUCCUGCAGGGUCUACAGCAACGGGUAACUGGCCCACGCUGCAGACCAUGAUUAACCAGAAUACACGACUAGUCAGCUAUGUCACCAACGCGAAAUACGAUUCGUCGGUGCCGUACUUGCUGCCCGAGUUCAACUAUGUAUUCGAAACACCAUUUGAAGUCACAUCGCUGGAUGGAUUCAACUGCAGUCUGGAUCGUCCCAAGGCCCUCGGAACCUCUGGUGCAUCUGCCGUCUCACAAAACUAUCUUAGUCUUGUCAACCAUUUCAAGUAUCAGCAGCUCCUCGCUGGCGUCUUGGUUCCGGAUACGGAUAAGCUUAGCAUUGUCAACAGCCCUGAGACCAGCACUACCGGCAAUCUUGGAUUACAUUUGAAGAACUGUCAGUCUGAAUGGGGAGCCCGUCCCAACUAUGUCCUGGUGGACUUUUGGAAUCAAGAAAACCCACUGGCUGCCGCCGACGCGCUGAACGGCGUCAGCGACUUUGCUGGUCGAAAGAUUACGACUGAAGCAACCUCUAAAGCUACCGAGCAGUUCCAGGGAAUGGCAAAAGGGGCUCUUCUUGCAUUUUGUGCUGCAGCUCUUUUGAUUCUAUGA